GCUCCCGCUGCUCCCGCUGCUCUCGCACACGGCAGGGCGGGCGCGGAGCCCCCCAGCCCCGCCGCCAUGGAGAAGCAGCCCGGCGGCGAGGACGAGUGCGUGGACUCGGGAGCGGAGACGGGCGGGUCUGAGUACAGCCGUAUGUCCUCUACCAGCAGUGAACUUUCUGUGGAAGGCAUACAAGACCCAUUCCUUGUUAGCGUACAUAUCAUCACAGACCCGGGUGAAUCCAAGAUUCUCCAGCAGGCCAUCGAUAAGCUUCUAGCCUGGAUCCAUCCAGACCUCCAGUUGUUUCGGGUCUCAGAAAGACGAGUGCCCAGGAAGCGCAGGAAGCCGGUCAAGGCUGGUGUUUCUCAGCCAGCCCUUGCUGUCAUUCUGUUCCUGCAGGAGGAGUAUGGAGAAGAACCCAUCUUGCAGCUCCAUGAAACUUUUCAGCGGCCACCUUGGCAUUACCACCACACAGAGCUAAUGCACGGGAAAUUCCUCCCUUACCUCCCCUGCAGCCAAGACUUUUACACGCUGGCUCCAGAGACUCCUCUGUGGGCCAUUCGUCCAGUGCACUACGGGAAAGAAAUGAUCCGCUUCACCAUAUACUGCAGGAAUGAAAAUUUUGUGGACAUUUUGAAACUGUAUGAGUUAAUACUGAAGAGACCAAUGUGUCAGAAAAAAGCAGACUUUUGUGUUUUUCCUGUCUAUUCCAACAUGGAAAUAGACAUUCAGUUUUCUUUAAAAAAACUCCCAAAGGGACAAGUUCCGGUGAGGACAGAGUCAGCCGUGCUGGAGUUCAGAGUAAAAGAUGUGGGGCAGCUUGUGCCUCUCUUGCCCAACCCUUGCAGCCCCAUCAGCGAAGGCAGGUGGCAGACAGAAGACCAUGAUGGAAAUACGAUCCUUUUGCAGCAAGCACACAGUUGGUGUAGGAAGUCUGCAAAGCAGAGCAAGCAACCAUAUCCAUCUGUGUCAACAGAUUCCCAAUUCACCACUCUGCCAGCCUUUCUUCCUCAGAGCCACCAAUCUGUCUCUGAACAGCCACAAGAAAUGGGUCAAAAAAAGGUACAUCACACCAAUGGCCUUGGUCAUUAUCUUGGUUUCUCCCAGCAGGACUUGAGACAUGGUGAUCAAGGAGACUUCACACGCAGAUCCAGGAGUGCCUCCAGCAUUUCUUGGUCAUUUCAACGAAGCAAGUCUCUGUUCUGCUUGCCCACAGUGAACUCCUCUUCAGCAUCAGAGACAUUUCAUUUCAGUGAACCAUUUCAGUUUUUAAACACUGGGUCACCUGCAGCCAGGCUAAAAACAUGGAAAUGCAGCCCCAAGCUUAACAUUGAUGACUUGGAGGGUGCCCAGGAGACCGAUGUGGACACAGGGAUGAAGCUGUCGUUCUCAGACCUGUCUGUGGUUUCUGCAUACUCUGCUCUUAAUGGAUUUUGCAGUGAGUUGGAGGACUCUCUUCCAUCACAGAAACAAACUGUCAAUAGGGCUAAAAAGGCAGCCACCAGUGGAAGGCCUGUAUCAGCCAUGUGCAAUACUUUUGAGUCAGUUGAUGGUUCACUGCCUUCUCUUUCAGAAUGGUCUUCCAGCUCUUUCACGUCAGCAUCUCUCUCCGAGCAACACAAACAGCCCUUGAGAGCAGCUUCCUGUUCUCUGGAUGACCGUGUUUGCCCAGCUUCACCAGUUAAUGAAGAAGAAUUUUACAUCUGAGGUUUCUCUAUCUUACACUUCCAAAGGAAACGUAUUCUACUUGUGAAUGACAGCAGUGGGCCUACCCUGAGCUUAGAGAAGGUUCCUUGCUGAGGAAAAGGUGAUGCAGAAGUGUGUUAAGUAUUUGAAGAAAAUACUCAAAACCCUCUGAGGCUGGCAUUCCCAAACUGGGUACAGUAAAGCAGGCUGAGAUUGCACCCUGUAUCUUUUGGGGGGGUAUGAUCAGCACAGAGGCUUUUGCACAGCAGCACAAGGUGGAUGUUUUCGGAGCAGCCCUUGGACUGGUGGUGAAGGAAAUGCCAGAAGAGGCAGAUUGUAUUCCAUCUUAAUUUAGCAGAAAAUGAAGACUAAUUUGUGAUACCAAACUGCUUUAACUUUUCUGAGAAAUUCCCAUAAGAAAGAUGGGAAAAGAAAGGGAUCUUAUUUCCCUUUUCACAGGUUCCAAAGGCAGCUCUAAGCACAGCAGAUCCCAGCAGCACAGCCCCAGUAGGGUUAGGCAAGAAGUUUCUUGUGAGGAAACACUUUGUUUGCAACCUUUGAGAGCUGGCAGUGGUAAGAUGGGGCAGAAUCACACAAAUAUCGAAGCUGGAAGAGGUCUUCAAGAUCAUCUUAAGUCCAAGUGACAACCUAGCACUACCAUAAUCACCCCUAAACCAUAUCCCCAAGUGCCACAUCCUGACACCUCUUGAACACUUCUAGAGACUGACUCCACCAACUCCCUAGACAAUUUAUUCUAAGGCCUGACCACCCUUUCAGUGAAUAAUUUUUUCCUAAUACCUAAUCUGACCCUCCCCUCGUGCAAGCUGAGGGUGUUUCCUCUCCUUUCAUUCAAGAUAGGGCAGAAGAGGCCAAUCCCCACUUCACUACAACCUCUUUUCUGGUAAUUGUAGAGAUCAGUGAGCUAACCCCUGAGCCUUCUUUCCUCCAAAUGAAACAAUCUCAGUUCCCUCAGCUGUUUCUUAUCAGACUUUUGCUCCAAACCCUUCACCAGCUCUGUUGCCCUUCUCUAGAAAUGCUCCAGCACCUCAAUGUCCUUCCUGAACUGAGGGGCCCAGAAAUGAACACAGGAUUCAAGAUGCAGCUUUCACCAGUGCCAAGGUCAAUCUCUGCCCUGGUCCUGCUGGCCACACUAUUCCUGAUCCAGGCCAGGAUGCCAUUGGCUGUUUUGGCCACCUGGGCACACUGCUGGGUCACAUUCAGCUGGCUAUUGACCAGCAACCCCAGGUCCUUUUCCAGCCACUCUUCCCCCAGCCUGUAGCAAUGCAUGGGAUUGUUUUGACCCAAGUGCAGUACCCAGCACAUGGUUCACCUUAUUGAACUCCACAAGGCUGUCCUUGGCCCAUCAAUCCAGCCUGUCACAAUCCCUCUUGAGAGCCUUCCUGCCCCACAGCAGAUCAACACUCCCAACCACCUUGGUGUCGUUUGCAAACUUACUGAGGAUGCACUCAAUCCACUCAUCCAAAUCAUCAGUGAAGAUGUGAAACAGAACUGGCACCAGUGGUGAGCCCUGGGGAACACCACCAGUCACCAGCAACCAACUGGAUUUAGUUCCGUUCACCACCACUCUCUGGGCCUGGCCAUCCAGCCAGUUUUAUUCAGUCAAGAAUCCACCCAUUCAAGCCAUGAGCAGCCAGUUUCUCCAGGACAGCGCUGUGGAAGGCAGUUUCAAAUGCUUUCCUAAAGUCUGGAUAGACAACAUCCACAGACAUUCCCUCCCCUACUAAGUGGAUCACAUUGUCAUAGAAGGAGAUCGGGUUAGUCAAGCAGGACCUGCUUUUCAUAAACCCAUACUGGCUGGGCCUGAGCCCUUGGCUGUCCUGCACAUGGCACGUGAUAGCACUCAGGAUGAUCUGCUCCACAACUUUCCCCAGUACUGAGGUCAGGCUGACAGGUCUAUAGUUCCCCAGAUCACCCUUCCAACCCUUCUUGUAGAUGGGCAUUACAUUUGCUGAUUUCCUGUCAAUCAGGACUUCUCUGAUAAACCAAAACAGCUGGAAAAGGGUUGAAAGGGGUUUAGAAAGAUAUUUUGCCAGUUCCCUCAAUACUCUCAGGUGCAUCACAUCAGGGCACAUAGAUGUGUGUCUAACUGGACAGAAGGUCAUUAACCCUUUCCUCAUGGAUUAUGGGGCCUUCACUCAGCUCCUCAUCCCUAACUUCCAGCUGUCAUUGCUGGGUAUCCUGGGGGCAGAUGGCUUUGGUGUUAAACACUGAGGCAAAAAAGGCAUUAGGUACCUCAGCAUUUUCCACAUCCCUUGACACUGUGCUACCCUGUGCAUCCAACAAAGAAUGGAGACUCCUUAGCCCUCCUUUUGCUGCCAAUGUAUUUAUAGAAGCUUCUUCUGAAGAAGUGUCGCUCCUUUCCCAGAGAGGAGGAAAUUCCACUGCAUCUUUUACUUUGACAGACCAAGAUGCAGAAAGUGCCAAAAGGGAAACCUCAGAGAAAUUUUCAGCCCCCUCGCCCAGAAAGCCCAUCCUUUCUAGCUAGAAGGGAGCCAUUUGGACUGCUGUCUGAGCCACUUGUACAGACAGUGAUAAUCCAAGUAAACCAUGUUUGCUACUUCUAACUCUGGCAAUACAGCUCACCUUUUUGGAAUACAAACCAAGAAAGAUAACACAGCAUUUUUAUAUAUUGCUACAACAUUAGACCCAAAAAGACAGCUCUCUGCUUUUUAAGGGGUUAUUAUUUUUCUGAUAAAAAUAAUAAAUGAAGAAACUUAUUCUUUGUAUUUCCAGUGCAAGCAUACUUUCUGGAAAAAACUUGUUUCUUCUUGAAUACCUCUCCCCAAAGGGAAAACAACCCAAAUUUUCUGGCUUUCAAAAGAUGUUUUUAAAAAUAUGCAUUUUUGAUAACCUGUUUUGCUCUAAAUUACUCUAAUUGCUGUUAAAAAAAAUAAGUGAAAAGCUGCUAAUAUGACAGCUAAGUACCUUCACCAGGAUUUAAGUUAUAUAAACAGAUUUUAUAAUAUGUGUUCUGAGAAGUUAAAUUUUUGGCUGACAAGUGUCACAGAUCACAACUCUGGUCGAGCCACUGGGGAAAUUACCAUGUUAAAAGGUGUCUGUAUAAUGCUGGGUGUAACGUAUAUAUAGGUGUAAAUGCUGAAGACCUACCAUGAUGGCAUUGUGGUGUGUGGAAUAAAAGCUCAUUUUCAGAGAAAGAUAUUUGUUGUAUUACCAGGUAAUUUUAAUCAAAAGAAUUUCUGCUUUAGAAGGAAAAAAAAAAAAAAGAAGGUGAAAAAGCACACACAUACUGUUAAUAAUAGUUAAAAAAAAAAUGUAACAGCUCCCCUGGCCUGUUUAGGUAAGUGCAUGGUUUUUACAAACUAGUCUGGAAGAAAGUCUAGAGGAAAAUGAGUACAGGUUUUUAGGGGAGGAACCCGCAACCCAAGUCCAAAACAGGCCAGAGGGAUAUGCUGUUGUUUUCUUCACAUAGAAAAAAAGGCAACAAACUGAAGUCCAAGUUUCCUCUCGGUAAGAUGCUUAUUAUAGCAUUUACCAGAGGUAGACUUUGUCUUUUGUGCUAAACACAGUGAAUAAAUAGGAAAAUUUAUUCACAGUAAAGAGCACAGAAGAUUAUCAGCCUUCUCCUACCCUCUAAAACUGUUUAGACUUACUGCAGUUUUGGGUAAACUGUUCUCUUUUCUGGGACAAAAAUAGCAUUAAUGAAAGAUUUGUCAUGGUGUGUGUGUUUGUUUAUCUGCUCUAUGCUCCUUCAGACCCCACGCAGUCUUUCCUCUGACUGUCAUGACCUUUAGCUCAAAUCCCUCCCUGGAACAUGUGAACCUGAUUUAUCUAAAGUUAUAUUCCCAUGUUAUUGUUUGUACCCUGCCAAAAUAUAUGUAAAACACUGUGAAGUCAGACAGCCACUUUUUCCAUCAGCUUGCAUUUCACCAUACAAACAGUGAUGCCUAGCAGUCAGCAUCCAUGGGUUUAAAUUUAUGCUUCAUGAUUAUCUGUCCAUAAUCAUGGUAUUUGCACAAUAUUUUAAUAAUACAGAUAACAUUUUAUCUGGACAUGAAAUAAAAAACUUGUUUGAGCUGAUGUAGCUGUCUGAUCUUGGCAUCAUGCCAACACUAAACUCCUGACAAAAGCUGAUUGGGGUUUUUAAUGAAGAGGAGGCUCUGAACCAUCAUUCUGCAUGCUCUAGAAGGAGUCCAUCACAUCUGGGGUCUGUUGUCUGCUGUGGCAGGAAGCACUGGGAACAGAGAUCCACAAGAAAGCACAGGACAGCUCAAGUGUCAGUCAUGAGGUCCAUGUGUGUUAUUAACCAGCAGCUCCACAAGCAUCUCAGCUCCAGAUUUUGCCACAUUAAUCCUGAUGGGAAGAGAUCCAAAAGAGUGUCCAUAGACUCUGCAUUUGUACUGUCCCCACUGGUUCUGUCUCUGUUUUGUUUACUGAUACCUAACUAGAGAUUAAAGUUUUAAUUGUUUACAUGGAUGUUGCUUGUAACCAAAUCUUGUAAAAAACCGAGUGUCCUGAACUGAGUUUCCUGACACUGAGUGUCAAGCAAAGCAGAGGUGAUAGUGUACAGAAAACUUUCUGCCUAUAAAAAGAAAGCCAGGUUACGAAGUGAGUUUCACUGAAGGUAGGCUUCAUUAAUUCUCUUCCCAUUAUUUAAGAAGAGGCUUAUCUCUUCAGAGACUUGAAUAUGCACAAAUUUCAUUACAUUUACUUAUUGAUAUGGUUAAAUUAUCAACAAUGUCUUUUGAGAACUGCAGUUUUUUUCUGAACUUUUUCUCCUUUUACCUCAGAAUGCACUGCUUCUGUGAAAUAAAAUAGAGAUGACAA